UCCAGUGUCCUGAAUCUUUACACCUCUUAUAAUGAAAUCAGAGUCCAGACGCCGCUCUUUAGGAAAAUCUCCACAGACUCCUGCUGCUACUGGCUCAAAGAUGCACCAGUGCUCAGAUUGUGGGAAGAGUUUUACUCGUCAGAGUACUCUCCAACGACACAAGCGCAUUCACACAGGAGAGAGACCGUAUCACUGUGAACAGUGUGGGAAGACUUUUACUCGUCAGAGUCAUCUCCAAAGGCACGAGCGCAUCCACACAGGGGAGAGGCCGUAUCACUGUAAACAGUGUGAGAAGAGUUUUAUGCGAGAAACUCAUCUCCGUCAACACCAGCGCGUUCACACCGGACAGAAGCCGUAUCUGUGUGGACAGUGUGGAAGUAGUUUUACUCGUCAGGGUAAUCUUCAACAACACCAGCGCAUUCACACAGGAGAGAGGCCGUAUCACUGUGGACAGUGUGAGAAGAGUUUUACUUACCAGAGUCAUCUCCAACAACACCAGCGCAUUCACACAGGAGAGAGGCCGUAUCACUGUGGACAGUGCGAGAAGAGUUUUAUGCGAGAAAGCCAUCUCAAACAACAUGAGCGCAUUCACACUGGAGAGAGGCCAUAUCAAUGCUUGCAGUGUGGUAAAAGUUAUCGUGACCAGAGUACCUUCCAAAGCCACCAACAGAGUCAUACAGGACAGAAACUGUACCUCUGCGGACAAUGUGGACGGAGCUAUAGUUUUACUCGUCAGAGUAAUCUCCGACGACACAAGCGCAUUCACACAGGUGUAAGGCUGUAUCACUGUGAACAGUGUGGGAAAAGUUUUACUCGUCAGAGUCAUCUCCAAAGGCACGAGCGCAUCCACACAGGGGAGAGGCCGUAUCGCUGUAAACAGUGUGAGAAGAGUUUUAUGCGAGAAACUCAUCUCAAACAACACCAGCGCAUUCACACAGGAGAGAAGCCGUAUCUCUGUGGACAGUGUGGAAAUAGUUUUACUCGUCAGGGUAAUCUUCAACAACAUCAGCGUAUUCACACAGGAGAGAAGCCGUACCACUGUGGACAGUGUGGCAAGAGUUUUACUUACCAGAGUCAUCUUCAACAACACCAGCGCAUUCAUACAGGAGAGAGGCCACAUCACUGUGGACAGUGUGGGAAGAGUUUUAUGCAAGAAAGUCAUCUCAAACAACACCAGCGCAUUCACACAGGAGAGAAGCCGUAUCACUGCUUGCAGUGUGGGAAACGUUUUCGUGACCAGAGUACCUUUCACAGCCACCAGCAGAGUCAUACAGGACAGAAACUGUACGUCUGCGGACAAUGUGGACGGGGCUAUGCUCAUUCAAGUUCAUUAAGGACCCACAACUGCUGUAACAUAAAGCCAUCAGACCUUGAUAUGUGAAUUUCUUAGACUAAGAUUCUUAUUUAUUUAUUUUUUUUACGAGAGAUUAAGGGAAAUUCUGGCAUAAAAUUUUUCUUGCAUGGGACUUUAUUGCUUACUGUCCACUUUGUAGCAAAAUUCAUGUCAUUUUCCCGGUUUCACCUGAAUUCUACUAAUCUAAGAAUGCAAUACACCAAUACAUACAGUAUCUCACAAACGUGAGUACACCCCUCACAUUUUUGUAAAUAUUUGAUUAUAUCUUUUCAUGUGCCAAACCUGAAGAAAUGACACUUUGCUACAAUGUAGUGAGUGUACAACUUGUAUAACAGUGUAAAUUUGCUAUCCCCUCAAAAUAACAACACAUAGCCAUUAAUGUCUAAACUGCUGGCAACAAAACUGAGUACACGCCUAAGUGAAAAUGUCCAAAUUGGGCCCAAAGUGUCAAUAUUUUCAUUCAUUUUCAUGCUGGCAUAUUCAUGUCAUAUUCAUGGUUUCAGCUGAAUGCUCCUAUUCCAAGAAUGCAACACACCAAUACAUAUUUAACCAAUGGGUAUACCUACUUUAAUUGAUCAAUCAACAACUGGACAUCUUUCCAAGCCAACAGAAGAUGGUUGUGUUUACAGGUAAUUUGAAGAGAUAAUUCUGGUCCAAGUUGCUCCGUAUUUGCAACGUCCAUUUAACCACAGCUAACUACACUGUGUGACGAAAAGUAUGGGGAUGCCUGACCACCACACCCAUAUAUGCCUUUUCAACAUCCUCUGAUGGAAUGGUGUCCAAUCCAUGGUGCCUUGAGCCCAGUGUUCCUGAUAUAGUUUUUGGCUAUACUGACCAGGAUAACACAGUUACACUGUAAGAUCAAUGAAUGGAUUUUUGUUGUGUGUUUGUGUGUCUGUAUGUUCCUUUAAGAAAUAAGAUGAUGUUUGUAUGACCUGCAAGUCUUAGAAUUUUAUGCAGGAUCACCAUCACAGUCAUGGAUAUACAGUGAAUGGAGCAUUGAAAGAGUACAUUACCAGGGGUCUGGGUUUGAUGACCUCUUCAUUUUGGUAAAUCUCAUGUUUAAUAAUGCACCAAAUUUAUACAUUCCUUAUUAAUCAACAAAUAUAAUGCAAAUCAUGAACAGG